AUGAUCCAUGAAUGGCCUCCCGGCGAUUUAGAGUACCUCCUAAAUCUGUCGGCGGCCCAAGCUUCCUUCGGUCAGCAGCUUGUCUUCUCUUCGGCCAUUAAAUCCUCAGGCGAUCCAAUUGGUCCUGCUCCUACCGUCGACUCUGUCAACACCGGUUCAAGCUCUGAAGCCCCGAAGGAACCUCCCGUCACUGCCCAGCCGGAAGUUAUGGCCGAGUUCAAUCAAAUAGCGGCGGCGACGCUCAACACCACACCAUCGUCUCCUCGGGCUUGCCCUCUUGGGCUGGCCCUUUUUCACCCAACCAACCCAGCCCUUCUUCCCAUCCCCUCUCACCUCAACCGCCACCUUUCCCAGCUCGAUCCCAACCCAAACCCUCCAUUCCUGACCGAACCCGACCCAACCCUCCAAUUCAGCCUUUGA